GUGAAUGCGGGUAUCUUUUACAAAGAAGUAACUCCUCCCUCCCCCGCUAGCGAGAUGGAGUGGGGGAGCUGGCUACGAGAGAGAUGCGUGUCACACCAUUGCGGCAGUAUUUAAACCUGUGAUGUGCGCAGGUUGCCCUGAAUGACUGCAAAAGCAACAACAAUCAAAGAAGCUCUAGCCAGAUGGGAAGAGAAAACCAGUCAGAAGCCAUCUGAGGCCAAAGAGGUAAAGCUUUAUGCCCAGAUCCCUCCUAUAGAGAAGAUGGAUGCGUCCUUGUCCAUGCUUGCUAAUUGCGAGAAGCUUUCACUGUCGACAAACUGCAUUGAAAAAAUUGCCAACCUGAACGGUUUAAAAAACUUGAGGAUAUUGUCUUUAGGAAGAAACAACAUAAAGAACUUAAAUGGACUGGAAGCCGUAGGGGACACAUUAGAAGAACUAUGGAUAUCCUACAAUUUUAUUGAGAAGUUGAAAGGAAUCCAUGUAAUGAAGAAAUUGAAGAUUCUCUACAUGUCUAAUAACCAGGUGAAAGACUGGGCUGAGUUUGUGAAGCUGGCGGAACUGCCCUGCCUGGAAGACCUGGUGUUCGUCGGCAAUCCCCUGGAAGAGAAGCAUUCAGCUGAGGGGAACUGGAUUGAAGAGGCAACCAAGAGGGUACCCAGACUGAAAAAGCUCGAUGGUACCCCAGUAAUUAAACAGGAUGAGGAAGAAGAAAACUAACACCAUGUUUUCCACUUCAUGUUAACUUAUUUAAAUGUC